GAUGUGUUUUCUAUUUCUUUGAGCUCAGGUGGCUGCAGUUUAACUACCGGACUGGGCACUUGCUGAAACAGGAACAAGGAAGUGAAAGUGGGUGGCACACCUUCUGAAAACCAGGGAACAGCAAAACCUCACGAAGGAGUACCUGCAGAUAAAACAGAACAUCAAAAAGGAGGCUACAGAAGACCAAGAAUGGCUUCCUCGGGGAAAGAUUUUGGCCAAGAGCUAAGUGAUCAGGUCAACGAUGCAUUGAGCCGACUGGAAAGCAAGCAGAUGUUCCAGAGUGCCUGGGACAUUGCGGCAUUCGUCAUUUUCUUCUCUUUCAUUGGUGUGGUUCUCUUCAUGGCCCUCAUUGUUCUUAUCCGCUGCUUUUGCUGUUGCUGUGAUUGCGAUUCAUAUGAGAAGGUCCCCAGAAAAAAGGUUGGCAUUGUUAACCCGGGCAUGGAGCUGUAGCUUUGCCAUGACUGAUCACCUAAGCAACCAGGAAGAAUACCAAAUGUUUGUUCUUUUACUGGAUUUUCUCAUCUGCACCGAAUUAACUGUAAAUUGGACCUUGUCUGGGCAGGCAUGUAUGAUUAGGGAGGCACUGGAGGUGAGAUGCAUCACCUGUGACAAUAUUUAGCCCACAUCUGAUUGCAUAUUAAACUGAAUAGUCAAACCCA